AUGAAGGUUACAAUUUGUCUUUUGUUGUUGUUUGGUUUCUUGGCUGUUAUCGAAUGUGGUGGUCGAGGAGGUCGUUCCGUUGGUGAUCGUGAAGAACAGGCACAAGUGGCUUUAAAGACAUAUGGUGGUCGAGGAGGACGUACUGUUCGCUCCGUUGGUGAUCUCGAAGAAUAUUUAGUAGCUGUUAACGCAAAUCUUGGUGGCGGAGGACGUGGUGGUCGAUCUGUUGGUGAAGAACAGGAACAUGUGGCAUUAAAGACAUAUGGUGGUCGAGGAGGUCGUGCUGUUCGCUCCGUUGGUGAUCUCGAAGAAUAUGCACAAGUAGCUGUUAACGCAAAUCUUGGUGGCGGAGGACGUGGUGGUCGAUCUGUUGGUGAAGAACUGAAACAUGCAUGCAAAUUUGGAAAACCAAUAGUUGGUGAAUGUGACGGAGGAGAGUUCACUAUUAUUUAUAGGGGCAACGAUUGCCCAGUUGUCAAAGAGGAAACUGGUAAAUGUAUGGCCAAUUCCGCGGGAAACAUGGUUCCUGUUACCAGUGUUUUCAAGAGUAUGGAAUGCUUCUACACUCUACCCGAUAUGUCAGGAAUCUGUAACCCCGAAACAAAAACAUUGGAACUUUCUCAAACUCUGGUGUCUGACGAUGUAGAGGGAUGCGAGGAAACAAUCGAGUCAACCGUCCGAUGUUCAGAAAACGACAAUGGAGAACUUGUUCCAAAUCUUGCUGAAAUGAGACCCAAUCUUCCUCAAAGGCGACCAGAAGGUAAUGUUCCAAAUUCAGAAAAACGCGAUGGUCCACAACGUAGAAGAGGAGGACAAUUUGGUGGGAGACGUGGUGGAAGUAGAAACGGUGGUGAGAGGCGUAUUGGAGGGGGACAAAGGUCAGGAAGACUCGGUGGCAAAGGAAACGCUGGUGGGAAAAGGAGAAAUGGUGGCGGGGGAAGAGGGCAAGGUGGCGCAGGAGGUCGAAGAGGUGGUCGAAAAAAUAAUGAAUAA